AUGCAGGGCCCUUACCAAAUCGCCCUGAUGGAUUAUCUUCCUGACAUUGGAGAACAUGAGUGUACAUUGGAUCACAAUACCGAUUUUGAAGGGGAUACAGUACUAACCGGUCGUGAGAACGGUAUUCAUUCCAUUGGUAAUUUCUCCAAGCACAUUAAGGGUCAUCGCUCAGCCCGAAUUCAAUCUCUAAAAGCUACCACAAUGAGAGAGCGUAUAUUGAACACUCAGGUGGUAAAAUCUCGCCCACUUCCGCUGCCAAGUGAUAUCGUUCGCGAAUGUGAGCAUAGUCCUGGCUCCAUCGCGACUAUUGGUUUUUUGACAGAAAAACUGUUGCCAACCUCGUUUGUCGGCUCCAAAAUGUGGAAGUGGAUCUGCAAGGCAUGCCCUGAGAUGUCAUUUAUUCAAUCUCAAACCACACUAGAUGCGAAACUCGAAAGCUAUUUGGAAUGGCUUAAUCAGGCACUUAAGGUGGCUAUGGAACAUACCGACUUUAUAAACAUUGAGCUCAAUUUUUGGCCUAGUCAUGAGGGUACUAUUAACGUGGGUAUUUCAGCCUCAUUUGCUCCCAACUUGUUGAAUGACAAGGCAUUGCAAGAAGUGGGAGAUCAAGCACUACUCAAUAACUGUCAAGAGCCUUACAACAGUCACCUUUUGGAUUUGGUUGAAUUACCGUGGCUACCUGAUCCAGAAGAAGAUAUGGAUUUCGAGGCCUCUGACAAUUUCCCGGUCUAUGAGGUUUUAGAUCGAUUCAACAUUUCUCACAAAGUUAGCUCUUUUACCUCUCACAAUGACACUAAUAAGAUAGUCAUACCUUAUUCCAACUUCGAAGGAAUUACGGAACAUCUGGAGGCGAAGAUAUUAAUAAACAAAGAAAACUUACACCAUAUUCGCUGCGCAAGUCAUAUAUUGAACCUUCUAUUUCAGGAAAUCGUGAGGAAGCUGAAAGAAGAUCAGAGAUUUGAAGAAGGCCUGAGGAAUAUAAGUGCUUUCGCGAAAGCAAUCAAGAGGUCAUCCGUCUUAAGAUCCGCUCUAGCAGAUGCUGGCUUGCCCUUGAUACCUUCAGCCCCCAAGACACAAGGGAUUAUUAUUUGGAAGCAAAUCGCUACCUUUUUGAAGCAUCAUGACGAUUAUGCACACUGGGCUAAACGAUCGAAAUCAAGAGCGGAGCUUUUUAAUUAUCAAACAAAGAUAGAGGGGUGGUUUGAACUCCCGGAAGAGACAAUGCAACUAUUUGAGUAUUUUACCAGCUGUUGCUCGAUUUUUCAAAUAAUGAGUGGUAACCUGCAAAACAAUGCCGCAAACAACAUAGCUAAUGCAGUCACUUUCUAUGGCACAAUGAGAGAAUAUUACAACCUAUGCAGUGUUGGUGAAACGGAAAACGUAGAAACACCUCCAAAGGGUUUUUUCGAUUUUACAUUCAUCAAUGGAAAAUCUGACCUUCCCGAAGAAACUAAGAGUACUGUUUUGAAGGCGGUGAUAUCCUCGAGGCCCACAUUUGACGAAUACUUCGAUCGAUACAGAAAGAACGACAUAUACUUUGUUGCUGCGUUCUUGGAUCCUACUAUCAAAGAAAGCUGUUUUAGUGAGCUUUUAACCGAGCAAGAAGGUGAGUAUCACUUCCAAAGGGUAGAAAAGUAUGUCAAGCGCUAUCUCAGGCUAUGUGACCCCCAAAAGAUUCCGUGCAUUGAUUAUACGCUUGAGCCGGUGAAAUUAAAUCGUGUGACCAAGCUCCCAAAGCCAAUUGUGCGUCCCAAGCAGUCAGUGAAGAGAGUCUCUAAAGUCCUCGAAGAAUGGGAUACCUAUAAGGCUGAUAGUCGUUUAUCCUCAGAUUCUGUAACAGAUGCAGUGAGAUGGUGGCAUUCCCGACGCCUGAUCUACCCUUAUUUGUUUCCGUUGGCUAUAGGCAUGAUGUACACAAAGCUCAGCACCCGCGGCAUCGAGAGAACGUACAAUACUGUUGAAAAAUCAGCGAGAAGUAACCAUAGACAUCUUGGUAGCGAUUUUGAAAAGAAAACCAUACUUUUGAGAGACCGCUUUUCUAAUUUUGGCCUCUUCGACGAGAAACUCCUUAUAUCGAGAUCUAAUGAUCUGGAUGAUACAUCCUCGGAUGAACAGCCAUCCGAGUAUGAUGAUAAUGAUGAUGAAGAAAGUUAUGAUGACGACGAUCUCGACAGCCACUCGGCAGUAGGGUUAGCAUGCUGA